CCCCCACCACCUCCCCUCUUCCUCCACGCCCAAGAAACCCUCUACGGCCCGAUAACCACCAUCCCCUCCCCAUGCACAUGGACCCCACCCCCCCAAUCCGGCGGCCACCAAGGCCGCUACCUCUGGACCGACGCCAUCGGAGUCCUCAACUUCCUCACCCUACACCACAUCCACCCCACCCCCCCAACCCCAACCCACUACCUAACCCUCGCAACACGCCUCAUCCACACCGUGCACAAUACCCUCGGCCGUACCCGCACCACACCCCCCACCCACCUCCCCAAUGCCUCCCCCACACACCCACUAAACGGAGGCCUCCGCAUCGGCAAACCCUCCCCCACCGGCCCCGACAGCGACGGCCAAUACCACCACUACCUGACCCUAUGGAUGUUCGCACUAAACCGCACGAGCAUAGCCAGCGGCGACGCGCAAUACAACAACAUGGCGAUUGACCUCGGCCGGGCCAUUCACCCUAAAUUCUUCGUCGGUACAAAGAAAGACAGAAUGGUCUGGAAACUGGACACUACCUUACAAAAAGUCCUUGUAGGCAGUGAAGGGAACCUAGAUCCGUUAGACGGAUGGGUUAUUUUCCGACUGGUGAGGGCGUUUGCUGAUUCUUGUUCGGGGAGGGAUACGGGGGUUUUGGAAGAUGAGAUAGAGGAUUAUGCUCGGGUGUUGAGGAGGAAGGGGGGACAGAGAGUUGUGAAUGAUAUGUUGGAUUUGGGGAUGACGCUGUGGACGGCGCAUUGGGUUGUGGAUAGGGAGGAGUGGGCGGGGAGGUGGUUGGGAGGGGGGUCGAGGGGGUUUGUAUAUGACCUCUUUGAAGGAGAGCGCUGUCUUGACCGCGAUGUCCGGCUACGGUUAGCGUUUCGGGAAUUCGGGGCUGCGAUGGGUAUUCGCUGUGUGGCGGAGCAGGAGGCUGAGAAGGAUCGCGCGGUUGAUUUGAAGGUAUAUGCGGAUCGUAUUGUGGAUUGUUGGACGCCGUAUAUGAUGGGAGAGGGAGAGGGAGAGGAGGAUGAGCUCAGGCCUAUUACGCAGGUGAUGUAUGCGUCGGCGUUGAUUCCGGGAGCCUUUCAACGGGGCUUUUUUGGCCCAGAGCCUGUCAUACCAGAGCGGACGUUCUACGACUAG